AUGGAUCACGGCGGCGCUUCCAAGGACAGCCACGCCGGAGGUGGUGGUGGAGGAGAAGAGGUCAGGUACCGCGGAGUUAGACGUCGGCCAUGGGGGAAGUAUGCGGCGGAGAUUCGUGACCCGAACAAACAAGGUGUUAGGGUUUGGCUGGGAACGUUUGCCACGGCGGAGGAAGCUGCCAGAGCUUAUGAUAAGGCUGCUUUUGAUAUGAGAGGUCACAUGGCGGUUCUGAACUUUCCGGCGGAAUAUCCGCCGACUUUUUCUGCUGCUGCUUACAAUGCUAACUCCACCAUGGCAGCCACCGCUUCUUCUUCGUCAUCCAUGGCUACCCGAGAAGUGUUCGAAUUCGAAUGCUUGGAUGAUAAGUUGUUAGAGGAUCUUCUUGGUUAUGAUAAUACAAAACACAAGAAGUGA